AUGCUUUUGAGCCUCGCCCCCUUCCUGGCCAUGCCCUGGCGGCUGGCCUUCAUCCGCAGGCGCUGGUGUUUCAGGGCGAUCGGCUGCUUUCAUCCUUCCGGACCCUCGAUCCCAAACAUCACCAUCCAUCGCAGCAUCAAGCCUGUAAAGAUCCUUCCGGCUCAAAAGAAAUUGCACUUUCUCCCACACCUUGCGGGCCUCAGCACACAAACAUCAAGCAGCAACCCCAACAUACAAAACAUAUCAACCAUACACUCCAGAAUCCAGCUGCCCGGCGGCGGGGGUCCUUGGCGAGCUUUGGGCAUCUGUCAGCUCACCGAGGACCACCGCCAAGCUGGUACUAGGGUCCCUCGACUCGCCCAGGACUCUCGGCAAGCUGAGCUGACAUUUGCGCUUGCCGAGCGAAACCACUAG